AUGGCUGCGUACGUAAACCGCAUUGAAAAUAUAAGAAGACUGGUGGAUAUCGAAAAUGGACACCCCCGUAGGGUCCGCCAUCUCCAUUAUGUGGACCCCGAUGAGAACAGGACGGACGAGGACUUCAGAAAGCGGUACCGAUUCACGAGAGACGGUUUUACACGAAUUCUCUACUUUUUACGAGAUGACUUACCCGAACCAGUGAAUAACCGUGGAAAUCCGGUGCCGCCAAGUUUGCAACUCAGAAUUGCUUUGCGAUUCUAUGCCACAGGUAGUUUCCAAAUUGUAGCUGGAGAUUUACUACAAAUUUCCCAGUCGUCUGUGAGCAAAAUCGUUGCUAAUGUUUCACGAGCUGUUGCCAGAAAACGAGGCGAUUUCAUACAGUUUCCAGAGGGACAAGCAGCAACGGCUGUGCAAGCCAAGUAUUAUGAGAUUGCCGAGUUUCCACUUGUUGUAGGCUGUGUGGAUGGUACGCACAUCCCCAUACAAGCUCCAAAUCUGGAAAAUCGGGAGAUAUAUAGGUGUCGGAAAUCGUUUAUGUCGCUGAAUGUGCAGGGGAUAAGUGAUGCAAACCUGCAGUUCAUCAACAUAGUCGUGAGGUGGCCUGGUUCUACUCACGAUGCACGCAUAUUUGACAACAGCCUGAUUUGUACCAGAUUCGAAAAUAACGAACUGACCGGUUUGUUGCUUGGGGACCCAGGGUAUCCUUGUCGGCCAUUUCUUAUGACACCAUUCAGGAAUCCCAAUGGACCAGCGGAAAACAGCUUCAAUCGCGCACAGAGGAGAACCCGAUCACUCGUUGAACGCAUGUUCGGUGUAUGGAAGCGUCGUUUUCCAUGUCUGAAAUUCGGGAUCCGCUGCAAAUUAACGACCACUAUGGCAGUAAUUGUAGCCACAGCUGUACUUCACAAUAUUGCGACGGAUUUACGUGAGGACGAUUUUCCUGAUGAAAAUAAUGAAGCUGAAAUGGAAGGUAUUGGCGACGUGGACAACGCCGCAUUACAUGAUGUGCUUGGAAAUGCAAUGAGGCAAACAAUAGUUCAGCGGUAUUUUCAAUGA